AUGCGGAUUGCAAGGGCGGGUCCAAGCGCACCUCUUGCGGGCACCGGAAUGCAAAUCCGGCGCGUUUCGCCUGGCAGGUCGUUUCAGCGGCGGGCGAUGUCGAAUCUGGGUGCGUCGGUGGGGAGGAAGUCCGCAUGCAGCAGCGUUGCUGGGCCCGUCCAGUGUACCACGUCUGAUCCACCGCACGCCGGGCACCCAGCUGAUUGCCUUGCACAAUGUCCACCUGAGCAACGGCCACCUCGUGCAUUCUGGUGUCGACCGCCUGAUAGGCCGGGGGGCCAGCACCCCGUCGUGCGUUGGAUCUUCAAUCAAUGA